CCUUUGGCUAAACUUUGAGCUGACAAAACUCUUUUUUGAUUUCAAAUUUCAUUUGAAUCACAUAACCUAUGCAAAGCAUCUUCCAUGGAGUUCAACAACAUGGAAGCUUUUCUUGCUGUUUCAAUCCUGAUAGUUUCCAUCUUCUGGUACUUAACUGUGAUAUUCAAGAAGAGGGAAAAGACCCUAUUGCCACCAGGGCCUUGGGGUCUGCCAAUUGUUGGAUACUUACCAUUCUUAACCCCCAACUUGCAUACUCAGUUCACUGAAUUGGCUCAUCGAUAUGGUCCGAUUUUCAAGCUUAAGCUUGGAAACAAACUCUGUGUCGUACUGAGCUCGUCUUCUCUCGUCAAAGAGGUAACGCGAGACCAAGACGUUACAUUUGGAAACCGGGAUCCUCCUGCUGCAGCGGAGGCUAUUACUUAUGGAGGAUUCGACAUUGCUUGGUGUCCCUACGGCACCUACUGGCGCAACAUGCGAAAAGUAUUCAUCCGGGAGAUGCUAAGCGGAAGCAACCUCGAUGCGUGCUAUGAUCUAAGAAAAGAUGAGGUGAUAAAGGCUAUUGAAUAUGUUGGAAUGAGGGUUGGAAAGCCUGUAGAGGUUGGUAAUCUGGCAUUCUUGACAGAAAUGAAUGUGGUUUUGAGUAUGUUGUGGGGUAAAACACUUGAUUCCAGGCAGCAAUUAGAAACAGGAACUAGUUUCAGGCAGGUGUUUGGGAAGAUGAUGGAUCUUUUCGCCAAGCCAAAUGUAUCCGACUUCUAUCCUAGCCUUCGCAGGUUUGAUAUUCAGGGCAUUGAGAGAGAAGCCAAGUCUCUUUUACAAACAACUGAUGAGAUUUUCGAUGCAGCGUUUCAUAAAAGAAUGAAGAUGGCAGAGGAUGGAAUGAAAAGUGAUGGAAACAAAAAAGACUUUGUUCAAAUCCUGCUUGAGAUCAAGAAGUUUGAAGAUACUGGGGAAGAGAUUAGCCUGACACAGAAAAAAGCCAUCUUGCUGGACAUUGUGAUUGGAGGGACAGACACCACAUCCACAAUGAUCGAAUGGGCGAUGACAGAAAUUGUGCAUCACAAGGAAGUCCUUGAAAAGAUCCAGAAGGAACUCGACCAUGUAAUAGGCCCCAUCGGAACUGUUGACGAAUCUCAUCUCCCGGAGCUGCAUUAUUUGGAUGCAGCAGUGAAGGAAACUUUUCGGUUACACCACGCAUUACCUUUCCUCGUUCCAAGGCGGCCUAGCAAAUCCUGUAUCCUAGACGGGUACACUAUCCCGAAGGAUGCUCGGGUUUUAAUUAAUGCCUGGGCAAUACAGAGAGAUCCUGAGUUGUGGGAUGAUCCCUUGGAGUUCAAGCCUGAAAGGUUUCUGAUUGAACCCAAAAAAUGGGAUUUCAGUGGUAACAAUUUCCAGUUCAUUCCAUUUGGAUCAGGAAGAAGAAUUUGUCCUGGAAUUCCCUUAGCUGAGAAAAUGAUCAAGUAUCUGUUGGCAUCCUUCUUGUAUUCAUUUGAUUGGAAACCAACCAAAACCAAAGAGGACGAUCUUUCUGAAAAAUCUGGAAUUGUCAUGAGGAAAAGCGAUCCGUUAUCAGCCAUUCCUAUCAAGCGGACACGAAAUCAAUUGGAUUAAGUAUUAGUUACACAAAUUAAGUAUCCAUCAAGUUGGAUUGUGCUUCCAUUUGUCUCAAUGUUUCACUAGUGCCAAGUUUGGUAACAGAUUGCAGGUUUUUAAAGUAAUCUAUCAGUUCACAAUAAUUUAUAUCAAAAUGUAUACUACUAUUUUUCUUUUGUGACAGAGGGAGUACGUGUCUUGGCCGGAAGAAUACUCUCUUACUUUGAAUGUAAUUUUGUUUGGGAAUAUUAUUUGUUUCUAUUGCAUUGAGGUGGGAAAAUCAUUAUGAAUGCGAGAUAUUGUCUGCAAAUUUUUCUAUGUCGG